AUGUGGUGGAAUGUUAGCCUUGUCGGCCGUUCUUUAGAAGAGCAACAGAAAUGCAUCAGUGAACUUAACAUUGACAGCGGCAGUGUCCUCCUUGCCGACGAUAUCCGUACCCACAUGUGUGAAAAGAACCGUAUAUAUGUCAUCCUCACUCAAGUCUUUUCUCCCCUGAGUCAGGAAUUUUGGAGGCAGCUUCCUGCACGCAGGGUCUUCGUCUUGCAUGAAGCAUUGCUGGAGACUGCAUCAGACCCGUUGCCUUUCUCUCGUGGUGCGUUGUUCAUGCCAACCAGCGUAACGACUCUGCAUGCCGCGACCGCGUUUGAUAUCCUCCAACGGGCGCUGAAUCUCGUCCAGAAAUAUCCUGAACUGGCAAACAACAUUGCGUCUGUGCACGAUAUCAGCAACUUCUGUUAA